AUGUACUCGCAAAAACAAAAAAGAUACAAUGAUUUCAACAAGAACAGAAAGGGAUUUAAUGAUAGAUGUAUAACAACAGAUGAAGAUAUCAAUUCAAGUACAAUAAGCAAAAAUCAGUUUUCAACAACAUUAAUUGAAGAAUCACCCAACACCAUAUCCAACAAUACACAACAGGCUCAAAUUAUUAAUCUUAAUGUCAAAUUUUAUGUUCCAGUGCAUCAAAAUCACCUUUUACAUGGAAAUAAAACAAACAAACAUGCUUACAAUGAAGCGUCAUCAAUAAAUAUGAUGAAUCAUCAUACGAAUAACAACUUGAAUCAUAAUUAUGGUACUGCUAUUAUAACACCUGAUAACUACUACCAUCUUCCGGAAAAGUCAAACUCAACUCCCAAGAGAAGUAGAGAUCAAUUAAAUAAAUCAACUGAGCAGAAGAAAAAACCUAGACAUGAAGAUGAAAAUUAUCGGCAACAAACAAAUAGGUCCUCGCCUAAAGGUAGUAAACCAUCUCAAGGUUCAAACUUAAAGAUGAUGUCUUCUAAUUAUUGUCAAACAACGACAACAACAAAAACAAACAUCAACAAAUCAUAUAACAUCCCAAUUGAUCAAUUGAAAAGAGCAGUUGGGUGUAAUCUCCCCUGCCUUGUGAUCCAGUUUGACAGUAGCAUUGCUUUACGUAAUCUUCCGUCAGCAAUUAUUGCUUGUGAUUUAAUUAAAGACCAUUUUAACAAAAACAACAUUGAUAUAAAUGGGUUUUCGGUUGCUCUGUUUGUGGGACAUCGUUUAAAGAUAGCUGUCAAUAACAUGGAAGAUUAUGCAACACUUGUCCGAACGGACAAAUGGCCAUCAUCAAUUAAUGGAAAGAAAAUAGAAGUGAUCAAACCAAAAUUUGUUCCUGAAUGCUUUACACUGGUAGUACGAUAUGUUCCCCUGGACCUGUCAAUUCAAGAUGUUGCUGAUGAAAUUAAACGCUCAAUCAAUUCGGCCGACAAUUUCAAACAAAUUAUGUAUUCAUUUAAUCGUCCCAACAAAGAUAUAAGAUUUACAGUUUCAGAUUUAGUUGAAUACGAAAGUGCAUUAAAAUUAGGUCGCUUAAAUAUUGCAAAUCGCCUUCAUCCAAUUACAAGAUAUCUGCCAGCGAACAAAUUAACUUUUUGCACCAAUUGCUGGCAAAUCGGUCAUUUACGUUCUUCUUGUAAUUCAAAUGUUCGUAAAUGUCGAAUUUGCCUUGGAGUUUUCGAUCGAGAUCAUUCUAGCAUGUGCUCGGGUAUUCCUUGUUGUGCACAAUGCGGGGCUUGA